AUGACAGCAAUCGAAACGCAGGUGCAAUAUGCCACCUACACGAUGACUUCGGAGCAAGUCUACAGCCAAGAGGAUGAUUGGGAUAGGGACCUUCUGUUGGACCCCGCCUGGGAGAAACAGCAGCGCAAGACCUUCACCGCCUGGUGCAACUCUCACCUUCGUAAAGCAGGCACACAGAUUGAGAACAUCGAGGAGGAUUUCAGGAAUGGACUUAAACUCAUGUUGUUGCUGGAGGUCAUUUCAGGUGAAAGGCUUCCCAGGCCAGACAAAGGAAAAAUGCGUUUUCACAAAAUCGCCAACGUGAACAAGGCCCUGGAUUUCAUCUGUAGCAAGGGAGUCAAGCUGGUGUCCAUUGGUGCUGAGGAGAUCGUGGACGGUAAUGUGAAGAUGACCCUGGGCAUGAUCUGGACCAUCAUUCUCCGUUUUGCCAUCCAGGACAUCUCUGUGGAGGAGACUUCUGCUAAGGAGGGUCUGUUGCUGUGGUGCCAGAGGAAGACUGCCCCCUACAGGAAUGUCAAUGUGCAGAACUUCCACAUCAGUUGGAAGGAUGGCCUGGCUCUGUGCGCCCUCAUCCACAGACACAGACCUGACCUCAUUGACUACUCCAAACUGCGCAAGGAUGACCCCAUUGGCAACCUCAACACUGCCUUCGAGGUGGCAGAGAAGUACCUUGACAUCCCCAAAAUGUUGGAUGCAGAAGAUAUUGUGAACACCCCAAAGCCCGACGAGAAAGCCAUCAUGACCUACGUGUCCUGUUUCUAUCACGCUUUUGCUGGAGCAGAGCAGGCCGAGACAGCCGCCAAUAGGAUCUGCAAGGUUCUGGCCGUGAACCAGGAGAACGAGAAGCUGAUGCAGGAGUAUGAGAAGCUCGCCAGUGAGCUCCUGGAGUGGAUCCGCCGCACAAUCCCCUGGCUGGAGAACCGCGUGGCAGAGCAGAGCAUGCGCGCCAUGCAGCAGAAGCUGGAGGACUUCAGGGACUACCGUCGCGUCCACAAGCCCCCCAAGGUGCAGGAGAAGUGCCAGCUGGAGAUCAACUUCAACACCCUGCAGACCAAGCUGAGGCUGAGCAACAGGCCCGCCUUCAUGCCCUCUGAGGGCAAGAUGGUGUCGGACAUAGCCAACGCCUGGAAGGGUCUGGAGCAGGUGGAGAAGGGCUACGAGGAGUGGCUGCUCACCGAGAUCAGACGCCUGGAGAGACUGGAUCACCUGGCCGAGAAGUUCAAGCAGAAGUGUUCCCUGCACGAGUCCUGGACCGCAGGUAAGGAGGAACUGCUGUCAAUGAAGGACUACGAGUCCGCUUCUCUGAUGGAGAUCAGGGCUCUGAUGAGGAAGCAUGAAGCAUUUGAGAGUGACCUGGCUGCCCACCAGGACAGAGUAGAGCAGAUCGCUGCCAUCGCCCAGGAGCUUAAUGAACUGGACUACCAUGACGCUGUCACCAUCAACUCCCGCUGCCAGGGCAUCUGUGACCAGUGGGACAACCUGGGCACCUUGACCCAGAAGAGGAGGGACUCACUGGAGCGUGUGGAGAAGCUUUGGGAGACCAUUGACCAGCUGUACCUGGAGUUUGCUAAGAGAGCAGCCCCCUUCAACAACUGGAUGGACGGAGCCAUGGAAGACCUGCAGGACAUGUUCAUUGUACACAGCAUUGAGGAGAUCCAGAGUCUGAUCACAGCCCACGACCAGUUCAAAGCCACCCUGCCGGAGGCCGACAAGGAGCGCAUGACCACCAUGGGCAUCCAGGGUGAGAUUGUGAAGAUCGCUCAGACCUACGGCAUCAAGCUGUCCGGAAUCAACCCAUACACCGUGCUCUCCCCUCAGGACAUCACCAACAAGUGGGACGCUGUGAAACACCUGGUGCCUCUGAGGGACCAGAUGCUACAGGAGGAGGUAGCCAGGCAGCAGUCCAAUGAGAGGCUGAGGCGCCAGUUUGCUGCCCAGGCCAACAUCAUUGGACCCUGGAUCCAGACCAAGAUGGAGGAGAUUAGCCAUGUGUCUGUGGACAUCGCUGGCUCCCUGGAGGAACAGAUGAGCAGCCUGAAGCAGUAUGAGCAGAAUAUCAUUAACUACAAGAGCAACAUCGACAAGCUGGAGGGAGACCAUCAGCUCAGCCAGGAGUCCCUAAUCUUCGACAACAAGCACACUAACUACACUAUGGAGCACGUGCGUGUGGGCUGGGAGCAGCUGCUAACAACCAUUGCCCGCACAAUCAACGAGGUGGAGAACCAGAUCCUGACCCGCGACGCCAAGGGCAUCAGCCAGGAGCAGCUCAACGAGUUCAGGGCCUCCUUCAACCACUUCGACAGGAAAAGAAACGGCAUGAUGGAUCCAGAUGACUUCCGGGCGUGUCUCAUCUCCAUGGGUUACGAUCUGGGUGAGGUGGAGUUUGCCCGCAUCAUGACCCUGGUGGAUUCCAACAACACGGGCGUGGUCACCUUCCAGGCCUUCAUCGACUUCAUGACCCGCGAGACGGCCGAGACGGACACCGCCGAUCAGGUCAUGGCCUCCUUCAAAAUCCUGGCCUCGGAUAAGACAUACAUCACAGUGGAGGAACUGCGCAGGGAGCUCCCACCAGAGCAGGCAGACUACUGCAUCAGCCGGAUGACCAAGUACGUCAGCGGCGACGCGCCCCCAGGAGCCCUGGACUACAUCUCAUUCUCCAGCGCCCUGUACGGAGAGAGCGACUUAUAA